AUGGAGGCGACCACGGCGACGACGGUGUUCGUGUACGGCACCCUGAAGCGCGGGUUCCCGAACCACCCGCGCCUCGCCGCUUCCGGCAGCCCCUUCGCCGGCGCGGCCUCCACCGCCGCGCCAGUCUCCCUCGUCAUCGGCCCCUACUCCGUCCCCUUCCUCAUCCCCGCCCCCACUCCAUCCGCCGGCCGGCUUGUCUCCGGCGAGCUCUUCUCCGCGUCCCCCAGCGCCCUCGCCGACCUCGACCUGCUCGAGGGCACGCACCUCGGUGUAUACGAGCGCCGGCGGAUCACGGUCCUGGUCGACGGGACGAGCAGGGAGAUUGAGGCAGAGGCUUACUUCGCGAACGCGAGCUACGCGGAGGAUCUGUGGCGGCGCUGCGGCGGCGAGGCGGCCGAGAUCGGGGAGUACACCAUGGAGCACGCGGCCAGGUACGUCCCGCCCAGCGGCCGCUCUCCCGGCGUCUCGGGGCUCAUGGAUGCCGUCCGUGGCUUCCUCGCCACCACUCCGCCGGACAAAUGA